AUGGAUUUAAUGAAUCGAUUAUUCAAUGACUUUUUGGAAAAGUUUGUCGUGGUGUUCAUCGAAAACACUCUCAUAUACUCAAAAUUUGAAGCAGAGCAUCUAAUAUUGACAUUAAGGAGAUUACAAGAGCACCAAUUACUUGCUAAGUUCAAGAAAUGUGAAUUCUGGUUGGAGAAAGUAGCCUUCUUGGGCCAUAUCAUGUCAAAGGAUGGAGUUUCGAUGGAUCCAGCCAAGAUUGAGGCUAUGAGAGAUUGGCCUCAACCUAAGAACGCGUCUGAGAUUAAUAGUUUAUUGAGAUUGGCGGGAUACUACAAAAGAUUUUUUGAAGGAUUUUCUAAGAUUGCAACACACUUGACGAAUCUGACACGCAAGCAACAAAAGUUUGUUUGGACUGCACAAUGCGAAGAAAGUUUUCAAAGCCUGAAGGAAAGAUUGGUAUUCACUCUAGUUUUAUGUGUGCCAAUAGAAGAAGGGAAAUUUGAAGUAUACUGCGACACCUCUAAGAAUGGAUUGAGAUGUGUAUUAAUGCAGGAAGAUAAAGUGGUACCCCACGAGAAAACUGAAAGAGUAUGA